ACCAGCAACUAUCACAAUCGCAAAAGAGUAACCCUACUUUAUGAUCGCCGCACGUCUCUUUACCAGGCCUGUCAAUUUGGUCCCCUACCCCCGCAAUGGAUCCUCACGUUUCAGGAGCUUCCUCCGUCCCCUGCUGUCCUUCCCGUCACUCGAAUCCUCGAUAUCAUCCGGAAGCAUACUUUGUUCAGGCCGCAAUAUCCAAGACUGCCGAUGUGGGUCGUUUUAUCUUUGAUCUCAGCCAAAUACCACAGCCAAGAGAUCGUCUAAUCACACCGCUACGAGAACAGAGUUCUCCUGCUACCUGCCCCUCGGCGGCUCGGCCUCGCUUCCAUAUCGCACUUCAACGUCGAAAUUCUCGAGCCCCACCAUCUCCCCCUCAUUUCUUCUACUAGCGCCUCCUGCUGCUUCGCGAAAAGGUUCCUCCUCUGGUCCCGUCUUGUUUCAGCAAAACCUGCUGGAUCUGGACUACCACGAGGUGGGUCUUGGUAUGCUAGAUCCUGGUUGGCCUUAAACAGAGGGGCAGCAGUGGAGUGACAGUACAAUUUGGAAUGCGGAGGCUGGGAGAGUUGGAGAGUCAAUUGAGUAUGAGUGUGACUGGGUGAAAAUACAUGUAAGAGAAGCAAAAUACAAAGUCUCAAGCUUGUUGGCAUUGGCUAUCUAAUUAUACGGCUAUAUAUGAUCCUGGUUCUGGUGGAUGUGGAGGUGACAGCGACAGUGGAGGUGGCUGUCUUCGGUACCAUAAGAUCGAUCAGGUGGUAAAGCAUCAAGUGGGUAGUCAUUCUUUCAUGUUCUUCUACGUUUCUCGCAGAGUCGCAGUUCCUUCCCCCCCUUCUUAUCUGUGCCUGGGGACGGGAGGAACAUCGCAAAUCAGUACAGAGUCGCAGGAAAAUACCCAACUAGCACCGAACUCUGAUGGCCUGGCUUCAACAUUCGAGAGUGCGGUAUUCCCAUGAGUGAGGAGAUACACUGUAGUCAAUUUUGUCACAGUCUUGUGCAAAGUCUUACCAAAAGAGACAUUGAAGGACGCAUUUCAAAUUCCAGAGUAGGUGCUUUCAGUUCAAUAGCUGUAGUCGGCCAACAUAGAACUCGUUCCCUUAUGAGGAUACCUAUUCCAAAUCUACUUUCAGCUGUCACAAUAUCAAAUUAUUCCCUCCAUCCAUCGCUGUCUCAAAAUUUUCUCCACCUGCGAUAGUCAUAUGCAAGUCCUCAGCUUGAAACAUUUUCAUAAAUCGGGAAUCUCAAUACAGCCUUUCAACCACCUUCCAUAACACAGAAGCCACUUCCAAAUCAGAAUCCAGACCGAGAACUUCCAUCUGACGUCCACCCAUCCAAGAUAUUCUUCAACCUCGCCGUCCAGAUCUCAAGAUCCCAGCUUCCACGUACCGCAAGAUCAUCGCAUAUCCAGCGACGCCACAUCAAGCGUCCACAAGCGUACCACUCCGUCGGAGUCCACGAUCAGAUCUAGGACAUUGAUCUGGUCUUCGCCACGGCUCCGGGGACUGGGUUGAGGCGACUGUCUUUGAUGUUGUGAUGUGGUAGGACGUGUGUUGCUCACAUGCUGGUCUGAGUCCAAACAAGCUGGCGGAGGGGUUGUGGAAUCGUUGUGCGACGUGAUAGAUGAUAUGGACGGGGCUUCUGGUGGAUUCUUGCAUUCUUGAACAGAGGCGAUACAUUGGUACCUGAGAAAAGCGAGAUACUGCUAGUCAGAGCUCAACAAGCAUGUAAGUGUAUAUAUACACCGCAGUUCUCCAGCUUCAAUCUCCUCCUUUCCCAGCAUCAGGCAUAGCAUCCUCAUCUGUCUGCUCUCUUCACAAAUACCAUUCGAAGCGAAUUCAAACGAAACAACUCCCUCACCAAUCCCCACCAACAACAAGAAUGCAUCUCCCUCUCACUACGAUCCUCGCCCUCCUCCCAAUCAUCCUCGCCUCUCCACUAGCGAGCCAAAACAUCAACAACGCUGCAACCUCCAGCAUCCCCAAGCGCGCCGCCCCCGAAGUCUCCAUCCUCCCCAUCCCCAACCCCCCCACACCACCAACACCCAUCUCCCCACCCGUCCCCUCCACUUCCGCCACUCUCCAAGACCUCCUCGCCUUCUGCGCCUCCGGUACCGUGGCAGCCAACCUCCCCGCUGUCCAACAAUUCUGCGCUUUGAUUUCUGGGAUUGCGAAUACGGCGGGAGGCAUUAGUGGAGGAGGCGGACUUGGAGGAGGGUUGGGAGGGAUUAUACCGCCGUUGCCGCCGGUGCCGGGGGUGCCGGUUAUUCCUGGGUUGGGGGGGAAGGGGGGGUUGCCUGUUUGA